GAGUUGAAGUACCGGUGCACCAUUUCCGUACGCAUGGGUCAGAGUUUACGUACCGGUGCACCGUUUCCGUACGCAUGGGUCGGAGUUGAAGUACCGGUGCACCGUUUCCGUACGCAUGGGUCGGAGUUUACGUACCGGUGCUAGAUCACAAGUUUUGUGUGGGGAGUGGCGAAAGCCAGCUUUAUAAAUGAGACCCCUGAUAAUGUCUGACUUCAGUCUAUUUAGUUCCUACAGGGGGACGGGAAAAGACCCUGAUUCCUACAGAGAGUGUUGAGAAAAGAGUCUGGUUUCUCUUCAGGAACCAGGGUCCCUGACAAGGGACUGUAGUACCGGAACCUGAGAAGGGGCUGAGAAAACAGCUUGAUUCCUGAUAAAGAGGCUGAGAAAAGAGUCUGGUUCCUACAGACAGAACAGAGAAAAGACCCUAGUUCCUGCACAGAGGCAGAAAAAUGAGCCUGGGUCCUGACAAGGGCCAAGAGAAGACUCUGGUUCCUAAAGACAAAGCAGAGAAAAGAUCCUUGUUCUUGGGCUGAGAAAAGACUAUGAUUCCUGCAUAGGGGUCGAGAAAGGAGCCUGGUUUUCUGACAAGGGGGCCGAGAGAAGACCCAGGUUCCUCCACGGGAACCAGGGUUCCGCCUGGUCCUCCAUGUGAUGGGAGAGCAGCUCACUGAUCUCAGAUCUGCUGCAUGGCCACUUCACCACAGCUGGGUCUGCUUCCAAAGGUGUGACGCCCACUGACAGCCUGCAGCAGCUGGAGGAGAAGGAGGACAGAUCCACCUCGAAUAGCCAAUAAGGAAUCUUGGAGCUGACGGAACAGAUUCCUGUUAACUGCGUCAAGCAGAUCCGGGGAGGUGAGCUGACGGUGGAGCUGUACUGAGUGUAGAGGGGCGGUGGGGCUUCUUUUUCCCCAACAUCCUCUACUGUAGCUUUGGUGGCACUGUGGUUCUGGCCAGAACUGGUCAGAACUCUGCUCUACAGACCGGCAGAAUCCAGUCAGCCCCACCAGGACCCCCAUGCCCCCUCCCCAGCCAAUGCAGAGUUAUAUAUAACAGCAGCAGAUGAUGGUGAUGAGGAGGGUCUGCAGCUUCAUCUCCUUUUAGACUGCUGCAUCUACAACUUGGGUCUUCAUGCUUUGGGGGUCCUCUGGUGCCCCCGCCCUCUGUCGCCCCCUCUACACCCGCUGCCACCACGGCCGGCCACCCCAGUCGCGUUGUUGCCAUGCCAACAGAGACAUUGACCCCAGCCCUGCCAGAUAGCAAGGCCACCGGCCCUGCAACACCCUUCAGUUCAAGUGUACCCCUCCGCAUCCUCAACAAGGGCCCUGACUACUUUAGGAGACAGGUGGACCCCAACCCCAAACGUCUCAGUGCUGUAGAGAGACUAGAAGCUGAUAAGGCCAAGUAUGUCAAGAGCCAGGAAGUAAUCAACGCCAAGCAGGAGCCCAUCAAACCACCCAUCCUGGCCAAGCCUGCUGUCGGCCAUGCUCUGCUGUCCAAGAGAGGCUCUGGGUCUGCUGGAGGGGGGGGUGGAGGCGGGAUCCCAUUCAAAGCGUCCAAUAACAAUGCCAAGUCCGACACGUGUCCAACCAGCAGCGGCAAGCGAGAGAACCUGAACCUGGAGAUCCUGAAAAAUCUGCUCAACUCGUCCUCGUCCUCAGGAGCCGCAUCUGAGGGACUGGCAAGCGGAGCCAAGAGCGCUGUGCUGAUGAGGUCGUCGGGGGGGAUGCCCCGGAGCUGGACCCCCUCUGGGAUGCCGUUGACCUACCGCUCUACGAUGACACUCAAUGAGCAGCCGGCAGACUCGGCCCCCAGCCCAAGCACCUCACACUCCCUUAGAUCCUUCUCCCACUCUCUGAAGGUGCCCCCAGCCAGCGGUGGGGGGCGUCGCAGUCCCCUACAGGGAAGGAACCUGAACCUCAGCAGACGGGUCCAGGAGGAGCGGGGAUGCGAGCGGGGAGUUUUGGACCGGUCUCACUCCCCCCUCCCCCCGCUGCUCACCUCCCACUCGUCUUCCGACCUCCUGCGGCUGUGCAACGGCAAACCGCUCCGCACCGCUCGCUCCAGCAGCUCCUCCGCUCCUCCCCUCCCUCCCAAACCCAAUCCUGCCUCUCUUCCCCCUCCUGCCCUUUCCCUGUCACUGCCUCCCCCCCGUCCCACUCUUUCCCCCCGUGACAACGCCACCCCUCAGUCAUUACCGUGUGACCUGGAGGACCCCCCCACCAUGUCAGCUGACUCCAACGUAGAGCCAGAGCUGGGCCCGGCUGUGGCUCGGCGCUCCUCUCUGCACAGAUCUAAAUCGGACCUGUCGGACCGCUACGCCCGAGCGGGCGCCGACGUGGAGCGCUUUUUUAAUUACUGUGGCCUGGACCCCGAGGAGCUGGAGGCCGUGGGGCCAGAGAACUUUGCGCGGGCCAACUCGGACAUCGUCAGCCUGAACUUCCGGUCGGCCUCCAUGAUCUCCUCCGACUGCGACCACUCACGCCGAUCUUCCAAUGAUGGAGUAUCAGAGGGCGACGAGGGCGAAGACGAGGAGGAGGAGGCAGGGGAGCGCGUGCCCUACGGCAUCUCAGCCGUGGAGCGCAACGCCAGGGUCAUCAAAUGGCUGUACAGCAUCAAACAGGCGAGGGAGACACAGAAGGUCUCCCACGUUUAGGCCUGUCACAUGAUGGACAAUCUGAAUCCACGGGAGGUGCAUCAUGUGACCACAACGAUCACUUGAUCAUCGAGGGACAGAGGAGAACCGGGCUGGGAUCCUCUGAGUUCAGAACCAUAAAAACUUAGAGAGGUGUACAUAAAGUCUGCAGAGCAAUGCAGCAUCCAUGGACCCAAAAGGAGAUCAGGCUCAUCAGAUGUCUGACUUCUUUCUGUCUUCAUGCAGGAAAUGCUGAUCAGAGGCUCCUCAGAGCUGAUUCAAAGCUUUUGUUUUACCAUGGCAACCGAUCUGGUCUUCAUCAGGGCCAGGGUCUGCUGGACUCACACACCUGUCUCACUCCCAGGUACAAGCUGAGUGGCAGCGACAACAUCACAAUUAAAUAAAAAUAAAAACAAAAUCAUACAAAUAAAUAAAUGAAAAAAUAAAUCAUUUUUGGUGAAGUGCUGUAUUUUAUCAAAAAAAAUUGAUAAAUUUGAAUAAAUCAUUUUUUUCAUUAAUUUUACUUUUACCCCCUUUUUUUUCCUUUUUUUCCUUGUUUUUAAUAUUUAUAAAUUAACACCCCCCCCCCCCUUUUUUUUAAAUAAUGGUUAAGUAAAGCAAGAAAAAAUGGGUCAAGUGCUGUAUAUCAUA